AGUACCUGUGCAGUCUCUGUUGGUUCGGCCAAAGUUACAAGUGCAUCGCUUGAUCGAGGAGAGUUGUUUGUGUGUGUGUGUGAGUAUCGAGUGUGUGAGUGCACUGAGAUUGUGAUUGUUGGAGCGAGAAACCGGAAAUAUCUCAGUUCUACAUCAGUCUUUGACGAACCGUCACUUCGUAAAUUUGUCCGUGAUGCCCGGAAGUAGGAACUCGGUUCGCCAGUUUGUCCAGCAUUGAAAACUGUCGACAGCAAGCGGAAAACAAGACGGAGAAGGAAAAUCAAAAAUGAGGGGCGAGCCGACCACCAGUGAAUUGCAGGCCCUGGCCGCCAGGCAGCAGCAGCAGCUGGACACUCAAGCAAGGCUGAUUGCCGCCCGCGAGCACCGUUUGCGACAGGUGCAGGAGGGGGUCCAGGCCGUCAAUGACGCUAGUGCCAGCAGCGAGGCGGAGCGAGUCCGCAAAUUGCGCGAGAGAGUUGAAGCCCAGGAGGCCAAAUUGCGCAAGCUGCGAGCUCUGCGGGGCCAGGUCGACCAACAACGGAUCACCAAUGGAUCAUUGUCUGCGGACUUGACGUCGAUCCGAGCGCUCUUCAACGAGAAGGAGAAGGAGCUGAGCAUGGCCGCGGCCCAGGUGGAGGAGCUAACUCGCCAGUUGGAACAGUUCAGCGCUCAGACUCACCACGCCCAGGCUCAUCCGGGAAGCAAGGCGUAUUUUGUCCAGCUUCACCUUGAACGUCUCAGAGCCGAGCUGAUGUAUCGGAACAAGCUGAACGAACAGAAGGCGGCCGAUUUGAAGGAAAAGAAGGCCAGGCUGCUGGAGAAUCGCGAAAACGUUGGCGAUAUGGAAAUUCGAAUCAAUGAACUACGCGAACGAUUGCAGCGAAAGAAGAUGCUCAAUCAGCAACUGGCCAGUCAACUUAGUGAUUCGUCACAGAAGAACAACAAAGUUCUAUCGCAACAACAACAGCAGCCGCCGCAGCAGAGGCCCACCAAGAAUUCAGUGUCUCAGGUGGCAGCCAUUGAACCGUUUAAUCGCCAACAGCAGCCGCAACAAUCGAACGCCAGCGAUCAGCGCGGCGACGACGAUGUGACGGAUUUCAGCAAGAACGACCCAAAGUAUCAAACACUGCCCUACAACACCCGUUUCCUGCCGAUGAACUUCCACAAUAACAACAAUAACAACAACAAUAUGAGGGGCUCGCCGACGAUGAUGAAAGGUUUAAAGGUGGCCUCGGUCCCUCCGCAGGUGGCCGAAAAACCCGCUCUCCCGCCAAAGCCUGCCGUGAAUUAUAAGCCACUUCUGCCGCCCAGACAGAAUCCCGACAAAGAUUCUUCUAUCGACCCGCCUCAACCCCCUUCGGAUGAGAAGGGUAUGGACUAUUUGUUGGCCAAAGCGGAACUGCCGCUCAAACCCAAACCUUUAACGUUAAAGAAACACGUAAUUCCACCUCCGCCACCUCCUUUGCCGCCUCCGCCGCCGUCGCAGCCGCCGGAGUUCUUGACCGAGAUAACCAAAGAUGAGGCAAUGGAUGCCGAGGAUGAGCGGGACGAUGAAUCGUCGCAUCCGCAAAUAGAACAAACGGCGGAUGACAGAGUAGGUGCCACGUAUUCGGACCAGUCUGGCGAAUCUCCGAUGGCAUCGACCCAUCAACAUUCUGCACCCAUCCACGAUGAAGACUCGGGGGUUGAUCGAGCAGCGGCAUCGCUAAUGACAGAGGCACGCGAUCCCUCGCCGCCACUAGAAGGCGUGGCCAGACGAUUGCGCAAGGGUAAUUUAAAGAGCGGCACAGCCGACGCUUUGCGAAAGUCGCGUCGAGUCAGCUUCGAUCCGUUGGCUUUGCUAUUGGACGCCUCGUUGGAAGGCGAACUAGAACUCGUUAAGAAGACGGCCCUCGAGGUGUCUAAUCCCAGCGCUGCCAAUGACGAAGGAAUUACGGCGCUUCACAACGCCAUAUGCGCCGGCCAUUUAGAGAUCGUGCGGUUCCUCGUCGAACUUGGCUGUGACGUCAAUGCCCAAGACAGUGAUGGAUGGACACCGUUGCACUGUGCCGCUUCGUGCAACAAUCUGGCCAUGGUGAAGUUCUUGGUGGAGCACGGAGCCUGUAUCUUUGCUGCGACGCUCAGCGACCAAGAAACGGCAGCUGAAAAGUGCGAGGAAGACGAGGAAGGCUUCGACGGAUGCUCCGAAUAUCUCUACAGCAUCCAAGAGAAACUGGGAAUCUUGAAUGGAGGUCGAGUCUCGGCCGUCUACGACUACGAGGCGCAGAACUCGGACGAGCUGACUUUUCGGAUGGGAGACGAACUUAUCGUACUGCGUAAAGGAGACGAUUACGAGCGCGAAUGGUGGUGGUCCCGUCUCAGCGAUCAUGAAGGUUACGUGCCUCGUAACUUACUCGGGCUGUAUCCUCGGAUGAAACGUAAGGAAUCGGAAGAGUGAUCGAACCGUGUUUUUCGUCCAUGAUGAUCUGCAUUUGACACGCUCUUACACGCCAUCACACACUACACGCAACAUCUCGCGGUUUUUAUUUUCAUCGUUAUCUACCCGUUUUUUUUCCCCCUCUCUCGCGGCUCGUUUUUUUUUGUUUUUUUUUUGGAAUGUUGGGUCGGAUAGACUUCCUAUUCAUGCAAAACCGAUUUUUAUUUGCUCCGGCUGACUUGACAAUCUCUCCCCCUUUUUUGUGUGUGUUAUGUUAUGUUUUUUUGGAGGGCCCUUCGGCGUUCGCAGCGAAACUCAAUAGGCGUGUAAAAAAAAUUGGGUUUUUCGACUUCCUCAUCGCGCGGGAAGGAUUCUCUGUGAAUUGGACUUGUUUUUUCGGUACGUUGAGAAAACAAAUUUUUUUUUUUUUCGUUUGAAACUCAAUAGCCUCGAGUGUAAGGAGGAGG